AUGGCGAACGGCGAAUACGUGCCGGGGAGCUACUACUUCUAUGCCCCUAACAAGGGAGCUCCUAUUUUCUUCACCAUCGCCUUCUUCUGCACCGGUGCCUUUCACCUGUAUCAAAACAUAAAAUACCACUCGCUCAUUCGCACCAUCUUCUUCCCUUUCUGCUCUCUCCUCUUCACCGCCGGAUUCGCUCUCAGGAUAUACGGCUCCCACCACUUUGACGACCUCAACGUCUACAUUGCCAGUAUCUGUAUCAUCUACGCAGCUCCCCCUCUCCUCGAGCUCCAAAACUACAACAUCCUCGGCCGCAUCCUCUACUAUGUCCCCUACCACUCCCCCAUCCACCCCGGCCGCGUCCUAUCCACCUUUGCCUUCAUCUCCGGCAUCAUCGAAGCCCUCAACGGCUGGGGCGCCUCCCUAACCGCCAACCAAUCCCUCAAGCAAUCCACCAUGGACGUCGGCCACAUCCUCAUCAAGACCGCCCUGCUCAUGCAGCUCGCCGUCGCCGCCUGCUUCCUCGUCCUCGCCGGCACCUUUCACCGCCGCUGCCGCGCCAACGGCAUCCGCGACCCCCGCGUCCAGCAGCCCCUCUGCACCCUCUACGCCAGCAUGGCCCUCAUCGUCGUCCGCACCAUCUACCGCGUCGUCGAGUACUUUGGCGUCGCCUCCCUCCGCUACGCCGACCCGGACUUCGAUCCCACCACCAUGACCCCGCUCAUCCGCUACGAGUGGUGGUUCUACGUCUUCGAGGCCUCCCUCAUGCUCAUCAACCUCGUCAUGAUGAACGUCCGCCACCCCCGCAAGUGGCUGCCCCGCAGCAGCGACACCUACCUCGCCGUCGACGGCGUCACCGAAAAGGAUGGGCCCGGCUGGAAAGACCCCGCCCCUUUUUGCAAACUGUCGUCGAUCCCUUUGAUCUCGUCGGCUUGGCCAAGGGCGGCCGCGCGGGGCUGCCCAAGUUUUGGCUGGAGGAUGGGAUCGGUGGUCCGCAAAAGGCGCAGAGCGUUUGAGUCGUUGAUCGUUAGGCUCGAAGAGUUUUUAGUUGGGACGGAGGAGAGAUGGGAAGGGAGAGGAGGUUACUAG